AUGGCAACAGUGAAGAAGAUAGUCGUCUGCGGUGGAAAUGGGUUCCUUGGGAGCAGAAUAUGUAAAGCUGCUGUAGCAAGGGGUUGGGAUGUGACUUCCAUUAGUCGUUCUGGUGCACCAACCUGGUCCUCUGUAACAUCCUCACCCUCACCACCCUCCUGGGCCCACAAAGUAACAUGGGAACGCGCCGACAUCCUCUCCCCGCGAACCUACUCCCCUCUGCUUAAGAACGCCGAUUUCGUCGUCCACAGCAUGGGCAUCCUGCUCGAAGCAGACUACAAAGGUGUUAUCAGCGGGCGCGAAUCUCCCAUCUCCGGCCUCUCGCGUGCAUUCUCAGCAACCAAGCAUGGUUCCCAGAACCCAUUGAAGCGGAAGCAAGACGAGGAUUUGAAGCCACAGGAGAAAGAUGGCCAAUUAACGUAUGAGAUCAUGAACCGGGAUACGGCGAUUACGCUAGCGCAGGAGAGUAAUAGGGAGAAUGUUGGGGCGUUUGCAUUCAUAAGCGCUGCUGGCGGAGCACCGGUUUUGCCUGCUAGGUAUAUUAAGACGAAGAGGGAGGCGGAGUCUACGAUUGCGUCGGAGUUUCCGAGGAUGAGGAGUAUUUUUGUGAGGCCGGGGUUCUUGUAUGAUAGCUCGAGGGCGUUUACUGUUCCUAUGGCUGCUAUGACGGCGGGAGGGGCACUAUUCAAUAAAGCGACGGGAGGGAUAUUUGGGGGUUUCAUGGGUGCGGCGGGAAUUAAGCCGUUGAAGGCUGAUGUUGUUGCUGAUGCUGUGGUGGAAGCAUUGAGUGAGGAGGGGAUUAAGGGUCCUGUUGAGACGGCAGAGAUUGAAAGUCUGGCACAGAAGGCAUGGAGAAAUGGAAUGUUGUGA